AAUGGGCCAAAAAGCCGUCCAGUAUGAUCCGGUAGAAAUGCUGGAAAUGAUUCUCGGCGAGCUGAAGGCACGACGUCACGUGCUUUCGCGUAGUCUUUGAGCCCCGCCAAAACUUUCACCGCGACUUUACAUCCCCAACAAGCGAUGGACUGCAGAGCCCGCACAGCAACAUUCCUCCUCCGAUUGCCACCUGUGUUCGACAUCUACAUCAACCAAGAUGUCGUUGUUUGGUGGUGAUGGCAGCGCACCACCAACUGAGUCACCACAAGAAUCUGAACCCGACAAUUCACAGCCCUCCAUCCGACAGUCGUUUCCAGCUAUAGCUGAACCUGCCAGCCCACCGAGCGCCCAGUUCGCACCUAACGUUCAACCACCACUAGAAUCUGAAGUGCGCAACGAUCUAUCCACCGACAGCGAGACAGAGCUCAACGAGUUUGACCAAGAUCGGCCGUCGCGGCCGAACCGCUUCACCGGACCGCCACAAACAUGGAAAGGCUACACGGCAGUGGAUCGCCAGAUAGCAGCAUCACUUGAUCAGAUACGGGAUUCGGAUCUCGCCGCUCACUUAUACAAUGCACAUGCUCUGAAGCGCCGAGCACAGAGGCCUAAAGAGGAGAUAGCCCAGCUGGAGAAUUGGCAGGGCAGGGACAACUGGUCAAAGACAGGGAGCGACUUGCAGUAUACAGAUGUAUCUGGGAUAUUGCAGACUGAGCUGGUGCCGUCAAAAGACUGGACAGCAUGGCCACUUCCUCCUGCGAGACUUCCCCACGCCCAUGAUCGACUUCGAAGAGGAUUAGCUGAUGGGGAUCCCAAACAAUGGAUGAUCGGAGGUGCGCGUACACAGGAUGUAGGAGAAGAGCUCCGAGGAGAACUGCUAGCUGUUUUCCUACGGCUAGCAAAGGAGAGAUGGGAAUCAAGGGAGACGGAGGACGUAGAUCAGCGCAGUAGAGAUCGUACAAUGAUUUCACCAAGCAGGUCGCGGUCAAAGAGUGUCAUGUCCACCAAGUCGCGCCGCUCUACUUCACGAGUUGAUGUCGAAAUGAAGGACGGCGACAACCUUGAGAAUGAUAAUGACGAAGCGCAAGAUGAUGAUGAUGAUGAAGAGCACUUGGGCUUGGUAGUGGGCAAGAAGCGUGGCAGGAAGUCUCAGACCGAAACUUACGCAAGACCGAGUGUUCUAGCCGACGACGCGAAAGCACAAAGACUUCUACAACCCACCAUCAACUCUGUGUUGAGCAACCUGGAUGACAUUGCAUUGGCAGUUCGCCGAACCCGCCUCAACCAUUUUGGACAUGGGGGAUCUAGCGACAGAUCAUCUAUGAGCGAGUUCACCUCAGGCGUAGAGUCAGGCGGGUCAAGGUCAUCAACAAGAUCUAGAUCAAAAAGUGCCACAAGUCGAAAAGAGAGCACUCAACCUUCUUACCGUGCAACUUCGACACGUGCCAGUCGUACGGCGAAGGAGGGUAAAAGUACCUCGAAACCUCCAACAGAGCUCUUGGACAACGACCUCGCCUCAAGCAGUGCUUCUGAUUCGGACGCUGCUAAGAGCACCUCAUAUAAGCGAAAGCGUCGAAGAUCCGCCAGCAUCACCAGCGAUAACAGUGCCUCGACUAAUCGUGACUGGUCAGGGAGGGCGGGGCUAUUGGAUUGGAGUGAGGUUCUUGGGCUUGCAGCCGUUAAAGGCUGGGACAAAGGAGCGCUUGCCCGCACCGCUCAUCGAUGUGCUGCCGUUUUCGGAGAAAGCAUGUCAUUUCUGCCAUUUGACGAGAGCCUUGCAUCAAAACCUAUUGCUGAGCCAGUGUACUAUAUACCGUCUACGCUUCCAGCCCCAGAACUCCUCCCUAUCUCUGGCCCAUCUUCGUUCAAGCGUCCCUUCUUUCAGGUCGGCACCCUACGCUGUCCACACACGGACUGCUACGGCCAUGAAAAAGACUUCGCAUUGCCAUAUCGCGUGGUGGAACAUUGCAAGCGAAUGCAUGGCUAUGAUCCUAGGACGAAUGAUUCUGACAAUGAGGAAAGGACGAUAGGCGCUGUACAUAUGGAUGGAUUUCUACACCCUGUCACUUUAAAGCCAGGCUGGUUGGGACAUGGGCGGUCUAAGGCCAGCACGGCGAGCAAGAAGCAGAAGAUGGGCGAGGAGGAAAGUCCAGAUCCACUUGAUGUGGUUGAGUCUAUCGACGAACCUCAAACUUACUAGAAGCAUGACUAGCUAGCAAUAGUACCGUAGGCAAUUAGUAAAGACGCCUCAACCUCAAACUACACAAG